AAAUUCAGCACUGGAGACUUUUUUUUGUUUCUCAUUUCACUGCGAGUCUGCUCAGCUUCCCCAAAGACAGAAAACAAUUAGACCUUUUAUCAGACUGUGUUCACGUGUCUAGUCUUCAUUACGAUCUUUUUCGGACUUCGUCUUACACUUUGGAGGUGUUUCAUCUUCCUCUGUGUAACAGGCUGCGUUCGUAUAGUGUUGUCCUUUCUUUUGCCGUGAAUAGUGGAGUUCUGUUCUGGAAACCCCUUUAAAUGUCACUUUAUUAUGUCUUAAUGGACAACACUUCGUGGCUAGUUGAAUUUAUUAUCAACAGAAAGUGUUCGGGGAUCUUUUCUCUUCUCUUCUCUUCUCUUCUCUUCUCUUCUCUAAUAUUUUUAUGUUCCUGAUGUUGGAGGCUAUCCUUCCCGUUUCCUAAUAAAAUCCAAGUCCUUCCUCGCCUUGCCCGCUGAAUGGAAAUUAUAUAAUUAUAUAAUAUAAAAUAAUUUGCACCCUGUCAUGUCUGAUAGAUGAUCACAGUUAGGUCUAGACCAGGAGUUACUUAUUAAGACAGUGAUAAGUGUUUGUAAAAAAAAAAAAAAAAAAACUAAAUAAAUAAAUAGAUUUUUAUGAUCUUGUUUAAACCUCUGGCUCAGUAUACAGUAUAUUACUGUAUGUACAAGAGAAUGGAGAAAUGCAUUAUGAUGAGAUCGAUGGAUUACAGCAUCAUUGAGCCAAAUAUUUGAUGACAGGACAGAUCAUGAUCACUUCCUGAUCGCAGCCUUAUUGAUUUAUUGUCAUGUUAUAUUUAGUGGUUACACCUCCCACAGUUUUUAGCAGCAGUCCAGGUUAUUUUGACUUGAGAAAAAAAAAAGAAAUGAAAUCACAGUUAGUCUGAUUAUGCUCAUUUAACUUUUGCGACACUACUGCUCGGGUGCAGCGCUUGUGAAAAACAGCCGCUAGGGUCUGCCAAGCCACGGACGUGUCCACCGGUGGAUGAGGCGGUCUCUAGCCUCAGUCGGGACUGGCCGUGUAGACUGGAGCCAUAACCAUCAGCCGAGCAGGGACUGGGGUGGUGUGUGUUUGUAUGUGUGUGAGUGUGUGUGUGGGAGUGAGGGGGGUGAUAUGCUUUGGAGCCCAUCCCCACUGUGCCGCGACAUGCUACAUCCCCUAUGCGUUUACCAGCCCACGCACACUCCAGAAAACAGCCGUUUUCACCACAGAGACAGUGAGAGAUGACAGCGAGGAGAGACGCUUCUCAGCCGCUGAGCAGCUCUCGACUCCAGGAGAGGAAGGGAGCGGCGGACCGGGCGAAGGCUAACCCCGAAUGGUUUUAUUCCUCCCCUCGACAGGAGCCGGAGAAAGGGCCGGCGUCCGCGGCGGGGAUCCAUGCCCAUGUGUUGGGCGCUGGCGCUGGCUCCGGCGCGGCGGACGAGUCCUCUGACAGCGAGGCAGAGCAGGAAGGCCCCCAGAAACUCAUCCGGAAAGUGUCCACCUCAGGACAGAUCAGGAGCAAGACCAGUAUAAAGGAGGGAUUGUUGUUGAAACAGACCAGCUCCUUCCAGAGGUGGAAAAAGCGUUACUUCAAACUGAGAGGCCGAACUCUCUACUACGCCAAAGAUGCCAAGUCCCUUAUCUUUGACGAGGUGGAUCUAUCGGAUGCCAGCGUAGCAGAGUCCAGCACGAAGAAUGUCAACAACAGCUUUACAGUGAUCACUCCGUUCCGUAGGCUCAUCCUCUGUGCUGAGAACAGGAAAGAGAUGGAGGACUGGAUCAGUUCGCUGAAGUCCGUCCAGUCCAGAGAGCAUUACGAGACGGCACAGUUUAAUGUGGAACAUUUCUCAGGGAUGCACAACUGGUACGCCUGCUCCCAUGCACGGCCCACCUUUUGCAACGUCUGUAAAGAUAGCUUGUCUGGGGUCACGUCUCAUGGCCUCUCGUGUGAAGUGUGCAAAUUCAAAGCCCACAAACGCUGUGCAGUCAGAGCCACUAACAACUGUAAAUGGACGACUCUGGCUUCCAUAGGGAAGGAUAUCAUUGAAGAUGAGGAUGGGAUUGCGAUGCCUCACCAGUGGUUGGAAGGCAACCUCCCCGUCAGUGCCAAGUGUGCCGUGUGUGAUAAGACGUGUGGCAGCGUACUGAGGCUGCAGGACUGGCGCUGCCUCUGGUGCAAAGCUAUGGUGCACACAGCCUGUAUGGACCUGUACCCUCGCAAGUGUCCUCUGGGUCAGUGCAAAGUCUCCAUCAUUCCCCCUACGGCGCUCAACAGCAUCGACUCAGACGGCUUCUGGAAGGCCACCUGUCCCCCAUCGUGUGCCAGUCCCCUCCUGGUUUUUGUCAACUCCAAAAGUGGUGACAACCAGGGAGUGAAAUUCCUACGACGCUUCAAGCAGCUCCUCAAUCCAGCUCAAGUCUUUGACCUGGUCAACGGUGGGCCGCACCUCGGUCUGCGCCUUUUUCAGAAGUUCGACAACUUCCGGAUUCUGGUGUGCGGAGGUGAUGGCAGUGUGGGCUGGGUCCUCUCAGAGAUUGACAAACUCAAUCUGCACAAACAGUGCCAGCUGGGGGUGUUGCCGCUGGGCACGGGCAAUGAUCUGGCGCGGGUGCUGGGCUGGGGCCCGUCAUGCGACGAUGACACCCAGCUGCCCCAGAUCCUGGAGAAGUUAGAGAGGGCCAGCACCAAGAUGCUGGACCGCUGGAGCAUUAUGACCUACGAGAUUAAGAUCCCGCCCAAACACAGCUGCCCCACCACGCCUGAGGGAGCCGAUGACUGCCAGUUUCACAUUUCUGCCUAUGAAGACUCAGUAGCUGCCCACCUCACAAAGAUCCUCAACUCUGAGCAGCACUCUGUGGUCAUCUCCUCUGCCAAGAUCCUGUGUGAAACAGUGAAGGAUUUUGUUGCCAAAGUGGGGAAAGCUUACGAAAAAAGCACGGAGAACGCAGAGGAGUGUGACACUAUGUCUCUCAAAUGUGCCAUCCUGAAUGAGAAACUGGACUCCCUCCUCCAGACCCUCAACACGGAGUGCCAGGCUCUACCUCCACUCCCCCACUCCACGCCUCCUAUUGUGGAGGAGGAGCAGGAGGAGGAGGAGGAGGAGGAAGAGGAGGCCAGCGAGGAGAGCCUGACAGAGCUGAAGGAGAAGCUGGAGGAAGAGGAGACGGAGAAAGGAGGAGGAGGUUCCCCACACCAGCUGUUCAAAAGCAGGGAGCAGCUGAUGCUCAGGGCCAACAGUCUGAAGAAAGCUGUGCGACAGAUCAUAGAACAGGCAGAGAGAGUGGUCGAUGAGCAGAAUGCCCAUACAGAGGACACCGAGCUGCCAUCUCCCCUUGAGUUCAGGAAGGACAGCGAGGACGAGAACAGGGACAGUGAGAAGGACGAGGACACCAAGGAACUGGAAGCGGUGCCAUCUGCUAAGAGUCCGUGUUCUCCAACGGAGAGGAGGGUGAGCCGCAGCACCCAGUCCUACGGCUCCUUCACCAUCACCCCAUUCACCACCAGCAAGGAGAACCUCCCCGUACUCAACACACGGAUCAUCUGCCCUGGCUUGCGGGCAGGUCUGGCUGCCUCCAUCGCUGGCAGCUCCAUCAUUAGCAAGAUGCUGCUGGCUAACAUCGACCCCUUUGGUGCCACACCCUUCAUCGACCUCGACUCACUAGAGGGCUACAUGGAAAAGUGUGUGAUGAACAACUACUUUGGCAUCGGCCUGGAUGCUAAGAUCUCCCUGGAGUUCAACAACAAGCGAGAGGAGCAUCCAGAGAAAUGCAGGAGUCGCACCAAGAACAUGAUGUGGUACGGUGUCUUGGGCACAAAGGAGCUUCUGCAGAGAACCUACAAGAACCUGGAGCAGAAGGUCCAGCUGGAGUGUGACGGCCAGUACAUCCCCCUGCCCAGCCUUCAGGGUAUUGCUGUGUUAAACAUUCCUAGCUACGCAGGCGGGACCAACUUCUGGGGCGGCACCAAAGAGGAUGAUAUCUUCUGUGCGCCAUCAUUUGAUGAUAAGAUCCUGGAAGUUGUGGCUGUGUUUGGGAGUAUGCAGAUGGCAGUGUCCCGAGUCAUCAAACUGCAACACCAUCGCAUAGCACAGUGUCGAACAGUGAAGAUUACCAUCCUGGGUGAUGAGGGGGUUCCCAUUCAGGUGGACGGUGAGGCCUGGAUUCAGCCGCCUGGAGUCAUCAAGAUUCAGCACAAGAACAGGGCUCAGAUGCUCACCAGAGACCGGGCGUUUGAGAACACACUGAAGUCAUGGGAGGACAAGCUGAAGUAUGAUAAGCCUCCUCUGCGGCCUCACCUCUACCCACAGCAGUCUGUGGACCUGGCCACAGAGGAGGAGGCCGCCUUAGUGCAGAUGUGUGCCCGAGCUGCAGAGGAGCUCAUUACAAGGAUAUGUGAGGCUGCGAAGACCAAUGGGCUUUUAGAGCAGGAGCUGGCUCAUGCUGUUAAUGCUGCAUCUCACGCCAUCAACAAAACACACCCGAAGUUUCCAGAGAGUCUGACUCGGAACACAGCUAUAGAAGUGGCCAGCACUGUCAAGGCUCUGUACAACGAGACCGAGUCUCUCCUGUUGGGCAGAGUCUCUCUGCAACUGGACCCGCCAGAGGAGGAGCAGCUGUCCAGUGCUCUGCAGAGCGUGGAGUUGGAAAUGGGCAAACUGGGAGAGAUCCCCUGGCUCUACCACAUACUGCAGCCUAAUGACGAGGAGGUUGACUGUGCUUAUGUACCAGGACCACUCUUUGGGUUACGGCAAGAGGAACAGUCGCAGCAGCAUGUUUCGCAUAGUCCCCAAGUUCAAGAAGGAGAAGGCCGCCAAGAAGACGAGCCCUCAGUCAGUGGAGAGAUGGGGCACAGAGGAGGUGGGCAUCUGGCUGGAACAGCUGAGUCUGGGGGAGUACAGAGACACCUUCAUCCGACACGACAUUCGCGGCUCAGAGCUACUGCACCUGGAGAGGAGGGACCUGAAGGAUCUGGGGAUAUCGAAAGUGGGUCAUAUGAAGAGAAUUCUCCAGGGAACUAAAGACCUGGCCAAGGCCUCCAUGGUUGACCUCUAACCCAGGAGCAGACGCUACUGGAGAGGGGAAACAAACAGUCCCCUUGCAUCAGUGGAAGAGUUUAGGAGCACCAUAGGCAGCGGAGGAGAAGAUAGGUAUUCAAGCAGAGCUGGAUCUUAACCCUCUGCUCAGACAGCCUUUGGGAUGUUGUGAACAAGAUACAUUGGUGUGUGUGUUUGUGCUUUGGUGCCAAAAUGACAGUCGAGAAAGCUGAUGGAAGUGCAAAGGAAGUCAUGGAUCUUCACAAAAAAAAAAGCCAUCUUUAAGUUAACAACCAUUCCUAGCACACAAUCAGGUAUGCAACUAACCAUACUGUUGACAGUUAACUCAUUGUAUGAGUUGUGAUAACAAACUAGUAGCAAAACCAGGACUUCCAUGAGUGCGGGGUUUAGUUUCGGUUCAGUAGUAUGUGAAAAUGUGACGUUUGCUGGAUCUCUGCCUCACGUUAUAGAGCUGCAGAUGCAUCAAAGCAGCCUGCGGGUUUCAGUAGAGGCAGAGAGGAUAAGCUGUAACGUCACAGUGUAGGUAGAAAUCUGGAACAUGUGGUUUCUGAGAACAGUGGGAUACUGUCGCAUGCUAUGCUUGCUCAACUUUAUAUAUGUUUAAUUGCAUGAUUAGUGUCUUGAUUUUUUUUUGUGUGUGCAAAAUAACACUUGAACAAGUUUUACAUGAUUUAAGUAUUACGAUGCCAUUUGUUACUACUGAAAGCAUCCUUUUUGGUCUAAAUCAAACUUUUUUUCUAUCUUUAAUUUAUUUUUUUGCAUGAUAAUGAUGUGUCAAUGAUUUGUGUCAAGUGCCAUAUUUUCAGUCAUAUAGUGUAAAAUGUGCUUUAUUGGUAGGCAUCAUAAGAAGUUUUUAAAAAAGCUGUUGAUGAGGUGUGAAUAUAUGGAAUUAAUAUCUGUAAGUUGACACGUUCUCCGUGGAUGUGAAAAUCAGUACCAAAGUGAAUGUUUAGAAAACAUGAUUAUCUGAUGACUUUGUUCAGAUCACAGCUCUUUGUUUAAUAGGCCUGUAGGUCUUAGGUCUUAAUUCCAUUUAAGGUGGGAAAAAGAUUAGUAUUAGUCAGAAAGAAAGUAAAACUGUUGGUCUGAAGCCAACCACAUAAACUGUAGGGUUGUUGAGAUUUUUUAAGGAAUACUUAAAAGGCACUUUUUACUUCUUGCUUUAUGCAAGUGCAAAUCCUCAUAUCAUUACAUAGAGUUAACGGUUCACCUCAACUUUUUAACUUUUGGCAAUUUAACACAGUAUUUAAUACUAAUGAGAAUAGGAGUUAGAUAUUGGUUUUGAAUCUAUAAUAGAGAAGUUGAUCUGCAGCCUGCAUAGCAUUGUUCAAGUGCAGCUUUUUUUUUUCUUCAAAUCACAAGUGAGAUGUUGACAGAACACUACUUUUACUUGUUAGUUUCUUUUAAGACUGGUGGCAUUACAGGGUAUAUUUCUAUAUGUGAUGCUAAGUUGGUGUGUGGUGUGUGUGUGUGUGUGUGUAUAUAUAUAUAUAUAUAUAUAUACACUGUAUAUACUGUAUACCAGUGUAUGCAAAAAAUGUUUGUAAGUGUUGUAGUUUAAUGCAUUUGUAGAUUGCUGACAUGGCAUGCAUUGUCAACAGCUUACACAUUUGAUUGUGUAUAUUACACCAUAACAAUUGUGUAUAGUUGAUUUUGUUCUAAUCUCUUGUACAUGGUCAUGCUGUUGUAUUCUAAUGAUGGUGCAAUAUUUUAUCUCUUGUUUUGAUACUGUCUCUGCAGCUUUCUGACAUGAUGUUUCUCAGUGGGGAAAAAAAAAAAACCUUGAAAGAGUUUUUUGUACAUGUACUCCUCCUC